UCAGAUUUGCCUGCGGCUCGCUCGGAUCCUGCUCGGGCCGCUUCAGGGCUGCAGGGAUGGAUGCAGCUAAAGCCCCCAAGGUCUUGGUCUCCACUGGACGGCGCAUACUUACCAUCGGCUUUGCCUUGCUCAUCCUGUCGGUGCUGGCAUGGGCCUAUAUCACGGGUGUGCAGCUGGCUGCCGACAAGUACCACAUCAUGGCCUUCGGUCUCUACGGAGCCUUCCUCGCCUCGCAUCUCGUCAUCCAGAGCUUCUUCGCCUUCCUGGAGCACAAAAAGAUGAGGAGGGACUCGCUCACUUGCAGCUACACCAAGACGGUGGCUCUCACCAUCUCUGCCUAUCAGGAGGACCCGGCCUACCUCCGUGAGUGCCUGCAGUCGGUCAAGGGGACCUUGUACCCCCCGGAAAAGCUGCGGGUGAUCAUGGUCAUUGAUGGCAACAGCCCAGAGGACAAAUACAUGAUGGACAUGUUCCAGGAGGUCUUUGCCGGAGAGGAUGUGGGCACCUACAUUUGGGAGAACAACUACCAUCACCAGCCUCAGCUGGAUGUGGAUGAAGGUGACAGCGGCUACCAAGCCGGGGAUGAGCCGUCUGACUACAGCGAGAUAGAUAUGGAGGACCCUGGGCAGCUGGCUGUGGAGGAGCUGAUCCGGACUAAGAGAUGCGUCUGCAUCAUGCAGAAAUGGGGUGGGAAGAGGGAAGUCAUGUACACGGCUUUCAAGGCCCUGGGGAACUCUGUGGACUAUGUCCAGGUUUGCGACUCAGACACCAAGCUGGAGCCCCAGGCCACUCUGGAACUGGUGAAGGUGCUGGAGUCGAACGAGCGCUACGGGGCCGUUGGGGGGGACGUGCGGAUCCUCAACCUCUCCGAUUCCUACAUCAGCUUCAUGAGCAGCCUGCGCUACUGGAUGGCCUUCAACAUUGAACGCGCCUGCCAGUCUUACUUCGAUUGUGUCUCCUGCAUCAGCGGGCCCCUGGGCCUGUAUCGGAAUGACCUCCUGCAGCAGUUCCUCGAGUCCUGGUACAACCAGAAGUUCCUGGGGACGCACUGUACCUUUGGGGAUGACAGGCACCUCACCAACAGGAUGCUAAGCAUCGGCUAUGCCACCAAGUACACCGCCCGUUCCCGCUGCUACUCCGAGACCCCGGCCUUGUUUCUGCGGUGGCUGGCACAGCAGACCCGCUGGACCAAAUCCUACUUCCGCGAGUGGCUCUACAACGCCCUCUGGUGGCACCGGCACCACCUGUGGAUGACCUACGAGUCCGUGGUGUCCGGAAUCUUCCCCUUCUUUGUCACCGCCACCGUCCUGCGGCUCUUUUACGGGGGGAACCUCUGGGACGUGCUGUGGGUGCUGCUGUGCGUGCAGCUCGUGGCCUGUGUGAAGGCUCUUUACGCCUGCUGGCUGCGCAGGAACCCCGUCAUGAUCUUCAUGUCGCUCUACGCCGUGCUCUACAUGGGUGGCCUGCUCCCAGCCAAGUACUUCGCCAUCGCGACCAUGAACAAGAGCAGCUGGGGCACUUCAGGCCGGAAGAAAAUGGUGGGGAACUACAUCCCGCUGCUGCCCCUUUCCAUCUGGGGCUUGCUCCUCUUGGGUGGCCUGAUCUACACCAUCUGUCUGGAAGCCCUGGCCGACUGGACCACCGAGGCCAAGCAGACUGAAAUCUGGUACCUGCUCAUUGGCUCGGCCAUUUAUCUGGGCUACUGGACAUUCAUGAUCAUGCUUUACUGGGUGUGGGUACGGAGGUGCUGCCGGAAGCGAGCCAAUUUCUACAGUAUUCAGGUGUGAACCGGGCCAAGGGAAAGGACUAUGCGUCCUGCAACCUAUGAGGCAGAAUGCCAGGCCACGAGGAGCUAGGAACUGGGACACUCUGGGUUGUUGUACAAGUCGUAGGAGCAAAGAACAGCCUAGCAGGAGUUUCUGCAGGACAAGAAGUGGGAGAUCACGGCUCUGGGUGACGGCCCUGUGUCUUUCCUUCUUCUCUUCCUGUUUCUUUUUCUUUCUUCCCUCCACAAGGUGGCUCACCCAUCAGGUAGAGACUCCCUGAAGUUCCCUUCUAGAACCCAGGGCAUGGUGAUGUUUCAAAAGCCCGAAGGUGCCUGUAUCUCAGGGAGAGUAUUUGUUUUAUCCAACAAGAUGUGAGAGGCUACAAGUUGCCCCUCUUCUCCUGCUUCAGCUGGUCUUUUUCCAGUUCUCAGAAAUAAUCCUGAGAACAGCUCAGUUCAUUUGUUAGUGCUGAGUUUUUACCUUCAAGAGUACCUGUGCAUCUGCCUUCUUCUCUUCAAAAUGCAGCCACCUCUGGGCUGGGGCAGCUGGGUUCUGCUUUGACACAGGGAUCUGCUUUGCACGGGAAACAGUCUCAUUGCACUGAAUCGCCACUGCAGCUCUGAGUCGAGAUGCAGCAGCUGCUGAACAGGGACUCGGGACACGGUGGGUUUGGCCUGUUUGCUGCUGUUGAAGUUUGCUGGUCUGUUGCAGCAGGCAGCAGGCUGGAAUUCACCAAGAAAAGAGGAAAGAAGCCCCCUCACCUUUGUGGAACUGGAGAUCAGAUGUCCACCUGUGAAUUCUGCACAAUUAAAGGAUUUGGUUUUUUUCCCCUGGGGGGAAAGAGAGGGGAAACCCCCUUAACACUCUUCUUAUCUUAAGGACACUUGAUUACAAAAGCAAAAAAGGUUUACAGUUGUUCAACAGAAGCUGGAAAUAUCCACCUUGAUGUUUACUCUUUUUCUCAACCCGGAAAGGAAAUUGACACUGUUGUUCAGUGGAGGGUUCAAUUCGCCCCCUCAUCACCUCACAAUUUUUUUGUCACAAUAUUGACUGUCUUGCAGUAAAGGACUUGAUGUUAUUUAUUUGCCUUAUUUUAAUAACAGACCAAGGGCUAUUUAAUGACAUUUUUAUAUAGAAGGAAUCAAAUGAGGAUUUUAGAAUAAAUAAAUAAAUAAAUGAUAUGAAAUAAAACAUUAUUUAUUUUGAAAACUU